AUGACAGAGGACAAUUGUUUCGUUUAUGCUUGCAUUCAGGCUGGAGUAAAUGAAGAAACUAUUGACCACAUGAGAGAAGUCAUUCGUGUUAGAGACUUUCCUCAAAGUAAAGUACAAGAAAUUUCUGACGCAACAGGUAUAGCAUUUAAUGUUACCAUUGGUUACUUCAAUGACUCAAGACAUAAUGAAAUAAAGAGAUACAUACCAAAAGAAUGUAAAACUGUUCGAACUAUUGACUUACUUCUUGUUGAAGACCACUACAUGCUAAAUGAAAGACUUCCAAUGACAACAUAUUUCAUUCGCAACUAUAUAGAAAUCUUGAAGGAGUGUGGUGGAAUGAACAUUGAGAAACAGAUGAAGAUUUAUACAAAGAGAGAAGAUAAAUAUGUAGUUCGCAUGGAUAGAACUACACCGCUAUGGGAUGUUAUGAAAACAUUGUGGGAGUGCAAAUAUUUCGAACCUAUUUCUUAUGGAGAACUUUUCACAUAUACGACUGACUUAUAUAAACAGAACCUUGCACCAUUUAAAGAUUUGACAUAUACUCCAAAGUAUUGUGUACAACUGAAGAAGAAAGCCGAGUCAAAAGAAGUAAAUAAAAAUAAGUGCAAGUUCAUUCCUGAGCACGUUUUCUUUGCUGACUUUGAGUGUAGUACGGAUGGCUUUCAUAAAGCUUUUAACAUCUGUUACGACAGUGAAGAUGGUUCAGUGAGUCAAAGCAUUUGGGGUCAGAACUGUGCAACAGAAUUUUUGGAACGACUUCCUGACAAGAGUUUAAUAUAUUUCCAUAACCUCAGCUAUGAUAUAAACUUCAUCUUAAGACACAUGACAGAAGUGAAAGGAACUCCCAUCAUUAAAGGUUCACGAACAAUGCAAAUAACUGGCUUAUAUAAAGGAAGGGCAAUUAUUAUAAAAGACUCUUACAGUGUUAUAAAUAAGAAGCUUAAACUAUUUCCUGCUAUGUUUAACUUACAAACAGGACCGAAAGAAGUAUUUCCA